AUGAGUGCAGUGCGAUACUCGCUCGGCUACGGACGUGUCUCCACUGCACACGGUUUGAAUUUCUAUUCACGACUUGCGCGGCAACAGCCGCUGCACGGUGACACUAAGAGUUCCAAACCGCUCAUAGUGAACGAACUACUGGCGUUUUUAGUCCAUGCCAUUGGCUACAUGGAUGAGGUGAGCAUACUGCAAAUAUGCCGAUCCAAUUACAAGGAGGAGGAAGUCAGCAGCGCCAACCUGUUACUGUUCCAGUCCCUGGGAAAACUAGACCAAAUGCCGUCUCGUCGCAGAGAGGGCACCGAGAAGAGUCUCCAAGAUAUCAUCGAUAUGUUGAAGAAAACCGAUCCAGAUGACGUGCCUGACUUCGUGGCGAGGGAGCUAAGUAAACUACCCCCUGUCACCUUCGAUCACGUUGAUGUUACGAGACUGCUAAAGGACAUUACAUCACUGAAAGGUGAGGUGACCAAGAUGCAGGCCAGAAUGGAGGAGUCAGACAAUAUCAUUGCUGAUCUACGUGCCGAAAUUACAUCACUGCGUAAUACAGGUUAA